CCUUGGAUCCCACCUCGGGGUUUCAUAUCGUGCUUCUCUUGAAGUCUCACUCCGUUUUUUUUUUUUUGCUAAAAGGUAAAUAUCAUUAUGAAAAUGAACGUUUGAGGUUUACAAAAUGUUGACACAAACUGUAAGACCACUAUGAUUGAUUACAUGGCAAAAAAGUUUAAAAAACAUGUAAUCAAAAGACAAUCGAACCUGAAGCCGUUCUGCCUUAGAGCGAACAGGACAACAAGGAUCAAUACAACAAUUGAAGAGUCGGGAGAAAGAGCACAAACGAAAUAGGCAUAUGGAGAGACUGGAUAACCGGAGAUUGAGGGACACGACGCUAGCAUGAAGUUGUUUCAUACGAUUGCCUGAACCAAUACUUUCCUCUGAGACACAUAGACAAGCCCGCUCAAGGACCGCCCUCUCAGUCCGGGCUGGGCAAGAACUGAUCCUAAAUUCCAGCAUAGACAGGACAACACGUAACCACAGGUGCUUAAUAGCGCUCAACAAACCCAACCAAACUCGUCCUCUAAGUCGGUUAAGGGUAAGGGGCAGCAUCACCACCUCCUGGGUCUUACUCCCUCCUCGAGCUGCAAGGUGCAACCCCAAUAUCUAAGAGACCAAGAGACGCCACUGCCAUAUUCGUUUAAGCCUACAAAUCAUACCCACUCUCACAAGCAACGCUAAUCAAUAUCAAAGGGGGAAAGAGGAGCUACUAGAGCAUCGACUCAAUAGCAAGAACGCCUAAUCUCGACCCGUAAAAAGAAAUCUCAGUAAACGAAGUCUGAGGUCCCGGGACCUCUAUCUCAGGCGGAGCAUAUCCGAUUUACCUUUGAAUCGAAAAAGCAAGAAGCGACGUUUGUGAACCUUGCCGUCGAGGUGCUUUGACGUCGGGAGAGGAGGUGCGUUCAUCGGCGAAGAGAAGCUUCAUACUGUCGGCACAGUCGCUAGAGGAGCCUAGAUACGAAGCAUCUCCAAUUCGUACAACCGCAGACGAGCCACAGACUCGCGAACGACGGCGCCGAAAACAGAGACCCAUCACCAACAGAACCACGACGGAGAGGAAGUUGGAUUUGGCGGGAGUUUCAUGGGCCCUCUCGCAGCGCCUUGGGGGCACCGGAGAGGCAAGGUGAACGAUGGAGACGAAGACUCGAUGAACAGAAAUGUUAUUUUCUCUGCAUCAUCAUAGCAUUUCGCCAUUCUGAUUAGUGAUUAUGAAUACAAUCAAUUAAGGUAUACACGUUAUUUAUAUUCAACAUUUUACUUUCCUUUUUUUUGGGUCAAAAUUCAAUAUUUUACUUCCCGUAUGAGUUUUUAUUUCCCAAUCUGACAUUGACGAUUUUGUAAAGAUUUUCUACAUUCUAUUAUUUUAUAUAAUUAAUUCUACACUACUAUAUUUUUUAGUUAUUUUUUAGCAGAUCCCACCCCAGAGUUUCAUGUCGUGCUCGCUAAAAGUCGUACAGUCCAUUUUUAAAAGAACACAUACACCCAUUUUCCAAUACACACCUAGUUAUUAAAAAGUUAUACCCCAGUACACACUUAUAAACAUUAGGUGUCACCACUCCUGGCUAUAUAUACCCACAGAAAGAAACAUAAUGGAUACGUCAAGUGAGGCGACGGAGAGAGCCGAUCUCCAACGACCGUUGGUGGAACAAAAGCCUCCAUCGGACGUCGGACUCGAGAGCGUUUUAACGGAGAGUAGCAUUCCGUACCGGAAACGCUUGUAUUUAGGCGCGUGUAUAGAAAUGAAAUUACUUUUCCGGUUAGCACUUCCGGCGAUACUUGUCUACAUAGUCAACAGUGGAAUGAGUAUCUCUGCACGUAUCUUCGCCGGACAUCUCGGCGGUCAAGAACUCGCCGCGGCUUCCAUCGGAAACAGCUGCUUCAGUCUCGUCUAUGGCCUCAUGUUAGGUAUGGGAAGUGCAGUCGAGACUCUAUGUGGACAAGCACACGGAGCUCACCGUUACGAUAUGCUAGGGAUCUAUCUCCAAAGAGCAACGAUAGUCCUCGCUUUGGUUGGUUUACCCAUGACACUACUAUACACCUUCUCGUAUCCGAUUCUAGUCUUAUUAGGUGAGCCGAAAACGGUAUCGUAUAUGGGUUCCUUGUACAUCGCGGGCCUGAUCCCUCAGAUCUUCGCUUACGCUGUUAACUUCACGGCCCAAAAAUUCCUCCAGGCACAGAGCAUAGUGACUCCUAGUGCGUACAUCUCAGCUGCCGCUCUUCUCCUCCAGAUCUCGCUAACGUAUAUCACUGUUUACGUAAUGGGUUUGGGGCUUAUGGGCAUCGCUUAUGUCUUGACUAUAUGUUGGUGGGUUAUAGUUGGAGCCCAGACUUUGUAUAUUACGAAAAGUCAGAGGUUUAGACACACGUGGACUGGUCUUAGCUGGAGAUCGUUCCAAGGUCUAUGGAGUUUUUUCAAACUCUCUGCUGGUUCGGCUGUUAUGAUCUGUCUAGAAAUGUGGUAUUCGCAGAUUCUGGUUCUUCUUGCUGGUUUGCUGAAAGAUCCUGCUCUCUCUCUAGAUUCCCUCUCCAUCUGUAUGUCAAUUUCAGCAUUAUCCUUCAUGGUAUCCGUAGGCUUCAAUGCAGCUGCAAGUGUACGGACAAGUAAUGAGCUUGGAGCAGCAAAUCCGAAAUCGGCAUUGUUCUCUACAUGGACGGCUACUGUAGUUUCCUUCAUAAUCUCCGUCGCGGAAGCCCUGGCGGUCAUGGCGGCACGUGAUUACAUCAGCUACGUUUUUACGUCGGACCCUGAGGUGGCUAAAGCUGUCUCUGACCUCUGCCCUUUCCUCGCCGUCACCAUCAUCCUCAACGGAAUCCAGCCAGUCUUGUCCGGAGUGGCUGUGGGAUGUGGAUGGCAAGCAUUCGUGGCAUAUGUGAAUGUUGGUUGUUACUAUAUAGUUGGUAUUCCUGUUGGCUGUAUUCUCGGCUUCACUUUCAACUUUCAGGCCAAGGGAAUAUGGACCGGGAUGAUUGGAGGUACCCUCAUGCAAACUCUCAUCUUGCUUUACGUCACGUAUCGAACUGAUUGGGACAAAGAGGUGGAAAAAGCUAGAAAGCGAUUGGAUAUGUGGGACGAUAAGAAGGAACCUCUUCAAAAUUAAAGAGUAUUAAUACUGUGGAGUGGGAAACAAGAUAGGAAAAAUAAGUGUUGUCUUCGGAGGUGGUUUUUUGAAAAGAAGAUGCUUCUUUUUAUUAUUCCAACAGAUGUGGUUCAAAAAAAACAGCUAUUCCACCAGAUUAUUUUUUGUUGCCUUGGAAAAUUUUUGUGGCUACAUCUGAUGGAUGGAUUACUCAUUCUAAUUAAGUAGUAUUCUUUAAAUGACAUUAUUAUUUUUGAUGAC